AUGUCCAUCUCACCUUAUCCUGGGCCCGAUACUCCUGCAAUCCUAGCACGGAAUGAGACUCCUUCAGCAUCUUAUUCCAGUAUGGGCGUGCGAGACAAGGUCAUUCGUCAUAAGUACGGUAGUUUCAGUUUCGAUAAUCCUUGGGGCACCGGUGAGGAGCUGGGAACUGGACUUGGGUUAUUCUUGGACACCUGGAAAGGAAGAUUGACUCUCAGCGCAGCGUACAAUGAUGCCUGGCAUGAGAAGGAGGAAGUCUUGGAUGAUUUGAAUUGGUGCAAUGAUAUUGAAUUUCAAGGACUUGGGAUUGGUGACAUGACACCAUUUUAA